UCAAACCAUCAACGUCGAUCUCUCAACCGCCCGUACCGAUCUGCAAUUGUACUGCAUCGUGAUCACAUCACACACAUCUUAUAGCUUCGCGUAAACCAACCCCUUGUCGCAGGAGCUCCACUAUUUUGCCCAUCACGCGCGAAGUCAACAUUUCGCGGGGUAGCGAGAGAAUGAACAGGAAAGCUUCAAGUGAGACCCAUGGGUGAAUACCGUCAAGGACGCAACCUUAGAUGCAGCAAGAUGCGCUCCAUUCUCGUCAUCAACCCAAACUCGACGGUGUCGAUGACCGAUGGCCUCAAGCCUCUGGUCGACGCGCUGCAGUUCAAAGAUACAACGCACGACUACUUCACCGCACCUGAUGGCGUGAAGAGCAUCAACAACGAAGAAGAUGCGCAUGAGUCAAUCAAGCACUGCCUACCCACCCUGGGGCCGCUUCUCGAUCGCUACGAUGCCUUCCUUGUCGCAUGCUACUCGCAACACCCACUCGUACCACUGCUGAAGGAAGAGCCCGCUAUCAAGGCUGGUCGUAAGCCUGUCACCGGCAUCUUCGAGGCAAGCGUGGGCGCCAGUUUGCAGUCAAUACACCCUGAGGAGAAGUUUGGCAUUGUGAGCACAGGCAAGGUCUGGGAGGACAUCCUCACAGAGGCUACAGUGCAGUUCCUCGGCACAAGUGCUGAUGCGGGCAAGCGGUUUGCUGGGGUCGAGACAACAGGGUUGAAUGCGACGGACCUGCAUGAUGCGCCGGCUGAGGAGGUCAGGCAGAAGAUGAAGGAUGCUGUCAAGCGGCUACUAAGGAAGGGCAAGGUGGGUGCGAUUUGUCUGGGCUGUGCGGGCAUGGCUGGUAUGGAUCAGAUGGUAAGAGAGGCGUGUGUUGAAGAGCUGGGGCAGGAGGAGGGGCAAAGGGUCAGGAUUGUGGAUGGCGUGAUGGCUGGUGUUGCGUGGUUGGAGGGUGCUGUGAGGGCAGGAUUCUAACUGUGAGAAAUGUACAUGUACAAUUCAUCUCACAUAAUUCAGACUGUCAGAUGUGUUAUGCGCUGUACUUUGUUCAUGUCCAAACGCGCUCUAAUGAAUGACCAGCUAGAGGAUGACGUACGAUAGAUCA